AUGUCACUUUUAGUUAGUGAUUCUCCUUUAACUACUGAUUCGACAAUUACACCCUCUCCUGUGGUACAGCAGACGGAGACUAACCUAGAAGUGCUCAACAAUUCUGAUCUACAAACAUCUACCUCAGUGGCUUCUUCUUCUUCUUCAACAAACGUUCCACCUUUAUCAGCAUCACGAAUUUUGAAUACAUCAUUGAUUUAUACUAAAAAACAGUCUUACUCAGCUCCAGGUUCUAAGCCCUGGCUGAAAUUCAUUGAAUACCAAGAUAAAAAGGCACGACUUACAACACACGUAUCUACCAUAGAUGAAUAUGGUGAACAAUUAAUACAAGAACGAUUAACUUAUAAACAUGAACAUGAUAUUGAACUAAAACCCCUAGCUGACUAUCAUGGUACUAUGCCUAAACAUACGUCAAAAAUUAUUACCGCAUCAAAAGAAACAAAUGAGAAAUUACGAAAAGAACAUGCUGAUUUUCAACUUGAUUACUCUUCCGUUAUUGAUCUAUGA